GGAGAAGGACAGUCGGAGGUCUCUGAGAUCUUCGCUUCUUCAUCGAGAAAAUCGUUCCUAAACAAGACUCUCUCCUCUGUUUUGACCUGGUGUAAAUAAAAGAUGCUUAAAUGUACCCAGUGGACAUGAAUUCUGCUCACCAGGACAGAUGCGACGCCCCCCCACACCAACAGUAUUAGAAAGAAGUAUGUGUGGAUGCUCAACAUCCUGUUAAAUUGUGGAUUCAUUCCUUCAGUCAUCCUUCACUGCACAGCAGGACUUCCAAGAUCAAACCGAACACCUGAUGCUACGGUCACAUCGAACAUAAGAUGCGGGUCCAAGGACAUGUUAAACGUGCAUUCUUGAGCAGCUUCAGCAUAUGGUGUUUACAUCGGAUUGUUGCUACCCAAUACUAGCACAUGUCCGCCACCUACAGUUGGAGGAGGCUUGGUGCGCAAUGUUUUAAAUGGAGCAAUUCUCAUGAAUUUUGCUCCUGGCUUUUGUCUUUCACAGCUCUAUUGAUAAACAUCAAAGACUUGGCGUCAUAUUACCACAAUAAUUUCUCCUUCGUGAUCAAUUUGCAAACGGUUGGCACUUCUGUAAAUUAAAGGGGACACAUCCAUACAUCUCUACCACAUCUGAGUUCCUGAUUGCUCAAAGUUCCGUUGGUUUAACUUGCAACGAGCGCUUAAAGAACGCCUGUUUUGUUUGUAAAGCUCAAACAGUCAUAGAAACCUGUGUAGUGAUGUGUAAGUUUUAAACACGGAAGCAGACUUUCAUUGGAAGUGGCAGCUUUGAACGAACGCUGCAGAUGGCGGUGUGAACGUAGCUACAUGGGCGUAGAGUCGCUCCAUAAACACAGUUCAAAGCAGCAGCUGAUUGGACAGAUGUAUUCUAGCAAUAGCUGGAAAGUGCGUUUAGAACAAUGUUGCCAGAUUCUGUAUAUCCUCCACACACUCGCUGAUCUUCAACAUUUUCCUGCAGACGACACAGAAACGCCCGUCUGUGGGAUCUCGUAUGUUGUUGGGAUUUGUGACUUUGUUCUUAUGAAUCUUCCUGUGCGUUGGUAUGAGGCCGUCUCAUCUCCAGCCUGUUGCUGCCUGGCUGGCUCUGUGAUGAUGAGCUUCCCAAAAAUCAGCACAGAUUGUAUCAAAGUGUGGUCCAACCUGCAAUUGCAUAAAUAUCAGUAGGACUCCAUGUGACCUCUCAGUAUCCAGCUUUGUGUGGAAACGAUGCGAUAUUUCUGUUUGUCAUUUGACUGUUUUUAAUAUGUUUGUGAUCCAAGUAAGGAUACUUGUAUUGUUUAUGUGAAAAGAGAAACAUAUUUUUUUCCUUUCAAAUAAAAACAAAAAACUAAAA